AUGAACACAGAAAACAAUACCAAUGAAGACGAUGUUAAAAAAUGUAAAGAGCUUAUUUCCGAGACAACUGCUCAUGGCUGUAGGAACAUCAUGUCCAACAAACGAAGUAAUUUUAUUAGGUUUCUUUGGCUCUGUUAUGUGAUUGGAAUGGGAAUAACUCUAUUCGCGACCCUCUACAUGGGGCUUGAAAACUAUUGGACCUACCCUUUCAACACAGUGUUGAAAAUUGGACCACAACCAAAAUUAAAAUUUCCAAUGGUAACAAUAUGUGACUUGACAUAUCUUAGAGUGAAUCGGUUCCCUAAUCCUGAAGCCGUUCGAAAAGUAUUUCUUCGUCGCAGCAUUUUGAACUCAAUGAUGGCUAUAAAUGAAUCCGAUAAAGGAUUUAUAGAAGUGACUAACACUCCGCUAGACGAGGCGCACACCAUAUCAAACGUUACAGUGGAUGACAUUUUUCAGAUAUGCAUAUGGAAAGGACAAACUGUGUCGUGUAAUGAAAUGUGGAUUCCACUCUUCACUGAUUUGGGCAAAUGUUUUGUCCUUAACGACUCGUUAAAUUACUAUGCUGAUUCUGAUGGUUCUCAUGGAGGACUAAACUUCAUCGCUAAAAUUGACCAAGAAGGCUAUAUCGUUGAUGACAAUGCUAAUGCAGGAUUAAAGAUUAAACUGCACGAUCCACAUGAAGAUCCCCGAAUAUCAGAUUCCGGUAUAUAUUUAAACCCUGGUGGUGCAUGUCUUAUGUCUGUCAACAAGAAAUCUUAUACGUUUCUCCCUGAGCCCUUUAAAGCCUAUGGGGACGAAUAUUGUGUAGUAAAUUCUGAACUGUCUGGUCAAAAAUCCAAACCUACAUCAAUAAAAUAUGAUAGAGAAUCCUGUAUUAGAAGCUGUGUAGUAAUUUAUGUUAUUAAAGGCUGUAACUGUAGAUCUGUAACAGAUUCCGAAUUUUUAACUUAUCCAAUGUGUACUAUAGGACAGUGGUUAAACUGCUAUGAACCGUCUUUGCGUAUAGCUUAUACACGAAAUAUAUCUCAAUACAAUUGUACUUGUCCAAGAGUAUGCGAGUUCAAUGUGUACCAAACAAAGUUAUCUCUCGGUAUGUUUCCCUCAGUUCCAGCCCUGGAAAUUUUACAAAAAUUAAACAUUAUAAAGAAGAAAAGCGGUGGAAGGUAUAGUUGGAGGACAGAUGGGACUGUUCCUUGGUGCAAGUUUCAUUACAGUGGUGGAAUUCAUGGAGAUAUUUCUUUUAUUCCUGUGGUCUAA